AUGUAUGUUGUUAGAAAAGACGGCGUGUGUAUGAUCUCAGACCGACAUGAGUCAAUACGGGCAGCAGUAAAUCGUUUCGGUGGCAACUGGCAACCUCCAAGAGCAUGGUGGAUGUUUUGUAUAAGACACAUCGACAGUAACUUCUUAAGGGCAUUCAAAGUCCCUCACUUGCAAAAUCUUAUUGUCAACAUAGGGUAUUCAAGAACGGUGGAGGAGUACAAUAUCAACUAUAAGAGGUUGGAAGAGCAAAGCGAGGCAUAUGCCAGGUGGUGCGAUGCCAUUGGACUCAGACAUUGGGUAUUGGCAUUCGACGAGGGACAUCGAUGGGACUAUAUGACAACGAAUCUUGUCGAGUGCAUUAACUCAGUGUUGAAGGAUGCCCGUAAUCUACCUGCGUUAGCGCUGGUCCGAGCAACACAUUAUAGGUUAAAUGAACUUUUUACGCCGAAGAGUGCCGAGACUCACGAACGCAAGCGUGCUGGAUAUACGUACUCCGUAUUUGCGCAACAGUGGAUAGAAGCAAGUAUGCAACAGGAUGGGAAUAUAGUUGUGCAUCGCUUUGAUAGACGAAAUGAGGUGUUUGAGGUGCGCAAAAUGACUACUGAAAAGGUGUUAGUUGUUGAUCUUGCGCGACGAACGUGUGACUGUGGGCACUUUCAGGUUGAACGAAUACCAUGUCGCCAUGUUAUUGCUUGCUGUGCUAACCAGCGUCUCGAUUGGCAGUUGUAUGUACAUGAUAUGUACAAGAUGACGGAGGUUCGUAAAGUAUAUAGGUUUGAGUUCACACCAUUAGGUGAUCCUGAGACAUGGCUUGCUUAUGAGAGACCCACAUUGGUCACUAAUCCCGCGCUGAGGCGAACAUCUAAAGGUAGGCCCAAACUGACCUGA